AUGGCAUCGGCGAGCAAAGAAUCCAACACACCCGAAAAGCAUGCGAACGACAGACUGAUGUUCCUCUUUGCGAACUUCACCGGCCUUGCAUCUACUGUCACAACUAGAAACGGCGAGCAGUUCAGCGGCAUCUUCUCUGGUGUUACGACCGAGGCGUCCGAGUCGAGAUAUAAGCUGAAGAUGGUGAAGCGCCUCCAACCACCAAACGAUCAGCAGCCCAACGGUGCCAGCGAGAGUUACGAUGAAUACGUUGGCACGGGUGCAGACAACGAAAUGGCAUUCGAAAUUCAGGACGUGGUUGACCUCGCUGUCUCUAAUGUGAUGACUGACAAAGCUCACGCCAAACCUCAGAACGGCGCUUCAUCCGGAUUCAAGAUCGACACGGAUAUCUCCGGAAAUGUGGCAUUUCGUGAGCGUGACCUGCAGCGAUGGGAGCCGGCUCCAGACUCUUCAGCCGUGGGCCUUUCGCUCGAUGAAUCUGGCAAUGCCGGUUGGGACCAGUUCGAGACAAACAAACGUCUCUUCGCUGUUGAGAGCAGCUAUGAUGAGAACCUAUACACAACCACGAUCGACCGUAGCAAUCCGCUGUACAAGCAAAGGGCAGCACAUGCAGAGAGGAUUGCGCGUGAGAUAGAAGGAAGCAGCGCGACGAACAUCCAUGUUGCGGAAGAACGUGGCAACUCACUAGUCGAUGACAGUGGAGCAAACGAGGAAGAAAAAUACAGUGGAGUCCGUCGUGACUUCCCACCUCUGCCCUCUGGUCAAUUCAACAAGUACACACCUCCAGCCAGACGAGCUCCUACCGGCCAGCCCACCGUUCCUGGUGCUCCAGUAGACCCUGCUAUAAUCUCCUCACAAAUCGCGCGUCCGGCACCCAUGUCGUCUGCUGCGGCUCAGGGCUCACAGGCGGCACCGGCCGCAAUCAACGUUGUCGCCGCUACUCCUGAGAUGCCUUCGAGUGCGGAGGUGCAGAUGAGCCCUCCCGCUGCACCGGCUGCAGAAUCCAACCAAAAGCCUGCAAGUUCUUCGAAGACUGUCAGUGCCAGUCUUGCACCUACGGCAGCAGUGCAGAAACCCAACAUCCCUCAGAACCCGCCAACCACUGUUGAGAAGCAGGUAUUGAACGCCUAUAAAGAAUUCGCGGCAAACGAGAAGUUGAAGGCAGCUAGCGCCCGCCAGCAGAGCGCUCGCCAGGAUAAGAAUGCGAAGAUCAACGAUCUCAAGAAGUUCUCGCUCACGUUCAAGCUGAACACGCCGGUGCCUCAAGAUCUGGUGCCAAUCCUGGCCAAGGACAAGACUAAGCAAGAGGAGAUCAUGGAGAGGUCCGUACGGCAGAUGCAAGAGCUCAAGUCGACUCCUGUCAAAUCUCCGGCAGCGGUCGUCGAGCAGAAGACUCCGCGGCCAGUCGCGGCAAAACACGAGAAUGGUCAGAGUGCCCAGGUUCCGCAGACCGAGCGACAAAACGUGCAACGCACGCGACCCAGCCCAGGUGCCUUCCCGCCGCAGCGAGGCGAACGACCCCCUCAGGCGCCAAACUCUAUGCACUCAACACCUAACAACAGGAACGUCCCUCUCGGUCAUCGCCUGGCGGCAACUCACGAUGCCCACAAGCGAGGACAAAUGGCGCAGAAUAUUCCGCCGCCUAUCCCCAUACAGGAUGUGCGCAUGCCGUCUGGCGGGCCGUCAGCGCCCUCCAGCGGCCUCCAAACGCCAACCUCCAACGUAUCAAGCCGAUUCAACGUCAGGGCUAUGGAGUUCAGGCCCAAUCCUGCAGCGAACACGUUCAUGCCUAACGUGAACCAAAGCUCAGGAUCCAGCCCGAGGACCGAGAUUGCCGCACGGCCGCAGCCUCGGAAAGCUACACAGCCCUUCUUUGACGGAUCGAAGCCGAAGCCAGUGAUCGGUGCAGAGAGACCCUCGAUUGAAGAUGCAUUCAAUCCUAUCACGCGCAUGAUGCGGGAAGCUGAGAAGGACGGUAAGACCAAGGACUACGCGCAUAACGGUGGUAUCCCACCAGCGUAUCGAACCCCACCAGUCUGGGAAGUCACUGGUCCGAACAAGGACAAGACAUACAACGAGCUGUUCGAGAAGGCUGCGGCACCUGUUCAGCCAGUCUCGGUCCCGCACGCAGUCGUAGGCAAUGCUCCCAUGCCUCAUGUACACCAGCUUCCUCCUCAUCUCCAAGGUCCUCAGAUGAUGUCUCAACAUCAGACCCCACACCAGACACCGCGCCACAUGCACGCUGAACCGCACCACGUCCCCGCGGGCCCACACCACUUCGACGGCGGUCAGCGCAUGCAGUUCUCGUCGUCCCAAUCGUCCGUCCAUCCUUCGCCGCGAGUCAUGCAACCAUUCAUGGCUUACAGUGGCCAAGGCCCUCAGCCUAUGCAAGUAUUCCAGCAGCCCAUGCAAGGCUACGCUGUAAGCCCACACAUGCACCAUCCAGGCGUACGUCAAGCAGGCCCGCCGCAGUUCGCUGGGCCCCAAGGGCCUGUUACUGGUGGUCCAGUCCUGGUUGCGAAUCCCGCUGGAGGCCACUUCAUGAACGUUCAGAUGCAGCAACCUCCGCAGAUGUAUUCUCCGAAUCCCGCACCAGCCUACUUGCACCAUGGCGGACAGAUGCAGGGGCCGCCGAUGGUCAACGGCUAUCCCAGCCCGAGACCGCCGGGCGCCCACAUGAUGAGCCCUCAAGGCUCGCAGCAGGGUCACCAGCCGCAGCAGAUCUUCUACGUCCAGCAGGGACAGCCGCAGGGUAUGCCCAUGCAUUACCCCGGUGGGCCGAUGACACCACAGCGGAUGCCGUACGCGCAGCCCCACCAACAACAUUACGGCACCAGCCCCCACAUCCCGCACCACUUCCCUCACCAACCCCACCGCGGCACUCCGAGCGCCACGUACAGCCAGCCCAUGAUGCCGAGCUACUCGAUGCAGUCCCUCCCACCGCAGGGUCUGCCGCCCACGGGCCCGGCGAUGCCGUCUACCAACGGCGCGGACGAGGCCAAAUGA